AAUAGCCGCCACUCUAUCAAAUUGCUCCGGCCCUAAGACCCUUGCUUGCCUUCGUCUUCGCUGUACCAUCCAGCCCCUCCUGCAGACCUACGCUGCUGCCCACGCCUCGUAACCUUCAGGUAGCUGCACAAUGCUCGCCGUCACUAUCAGCGACUCCUCGGCUCUCCUCUGUCUUGUUGCCGCCUUAUUUCUCGCCUUGACCUCCGCUAGGGGCGUCUGUGCUGGGGUUUCUGGAGACCGCUUCAGCGCUAGCAAGUGGCAGGAAGGUGCUAACGCAGUGGAGCGAAACCUCGGACUCACCAAGGAGCUCAAUACCAGGUGUCCCGCCUUGCAGUCCACGACGCUACAUGGUGGCGCUUGUCAUGAAGCGGGUUGUUGUGGGUACUGCGGGAAUAGCGGGCGGCGCAAUUGUAUGGUCGACCCUCUCAAGUCGUACUGCUUCUGAGCGGCAGGCUGGGAAGACAAAGACACCGCUUUUCCCAGCCGUACUUGUCUCAAGCUCUCGACCGCAUUGCAAACUCUUUGUUUCCACGGCAGAGAGCCCUUGCGAAUGUGGGAGGAAGCAACUCUUUCGGCGGCGAAGCGUCUACAAAGCGGCUCUUUGUUGCCGGGGCCCUUCUGGCUCGGCCCGCUCUUGUGCAGAUAUUCUACAUCUCUACAUCUAUAAAUACACCCUUGCUUCUCUUUCCUACGAGAUCUUCCCACACCAACAACUACAGCUUUCUCCAGCGACCAUCGUGCGCAUAAUUGCGAGUGCGCGCCAAGGCUGGCCCCGCGUCGCUGCUGUAGCCGUGACUGACUCGCUCGCGUCUGUGCGACUCGUUCUCCCCACCUCGCCUGCAGCACCCCGCUCAAAGCCUUUACUGGAACAUGUUCCCCUCCCUUUGGAGAAUCAGCCUCAUCGUCGUCAUCCUCACAGUUCUCCUCAAUCUUGUCGUCCCCGUGAGCAACGCCAAUCCCACCCUCCUCGGCACCUGCUGGCGCCAACGCGACUGUGUCAUCAACGAGCAGAACCUCACAGGCUACCCGAUCCCGCGCUCCUCUCCCGUCCUCAUCGGCGGGGUGUGCAAUUCCUUCAAGCCCUUCGCUGCGAUCAAGGUGGGGAAAGUGUGCGCUUUCCCCCAGUGUCGUGACUGUGUUAGCGUGGUGGAUGAGAUGGGGAAGAUGAAGGGUUGUCUGCCUGGUGGUGGGGCUGAUGGGGAUGUGAGGGGGAUUG